AUGAACUACAACAACGACGAUUCUGAGGAUCGAUAUUCCCGAUCACCCUAUAGAAACAGAUCCCGAUCACCAGAUCAGAGAAACAGAUACUAUCGAGACCACUCCAGAUCUCGAUCCAGAAGUAAGUCGCCCCGAAGAGACUUCAACCCCCAGUUCCGAGACAGAGCUGGAAGCGGAUCGUACCGACGAAACCGAUCCCCACCAAGAAGAAAUAGCGGACCCCCACAGAUGCUUCAGCAAGUGAAGGAUUCCUCCCAACAAGACCGACGAGUCUACGUUGGAAACUUGGCCUACGAGGUCAAGUGGCACCAUCUCAAGGAUUUCAUGCGACAGGCCGGAAACGUGCUGUUUGCCGACGUCCUGCUCAUGCCCAACGGCCGGUCCAAGGGCUGCGGUAUUGUCGAGUACUCCACUCGAGAAGAGGCUGAGAAUGCCGUCAACACCCUCACCAACCAGGAGCUCAUGGGCCGGGUUGUCUACGUUCGAGAGGACCGAGAGAGCGAGCCCAAGUUCUCUCAGCCCAACCUGGGUCCCCCCGGAGCCCGAGACGGUGGCCGAAGCGAGCGAGGCGGAGACUUUGGCGGCUCCCGACAGAGCGGCGGUGGUGCUCCCGGCACCCAGCUGUUCGUUGGUAACCUGCCAUACUCCACCGGAUGGCAGGAUCUCAAGGACCUGUUCCGAGAGGCUGGUCAGAUUGUCCGAGCCGACAUUAUGACCUCUCACGAUGGUCGAUCCAAGGGCUCUGGUAUUGUGCUGUUUGAGACCGCCGAGGACGCCCACCGGGCUAUCGAGCGGUUCAACGGCCACCAGAUGGGCGGACGAGCCAUUGAAGUUCGAGAGGACCGAUUUGCUGGUCCUCCUCGAGGCGGACCCCCUGCCCGAGUGGCACGAACCCCCUUUGCUCCCGCACCACAGAACCCUCCCCGGGUUCCCUCCGAGUUCUCGGAUGGAGCCAUUGGUGGCGGCGACCCCUCCGACACCAUUUUUGUGGGCAACCUGCCCUGGUCCACCGCCGACCAGGAUCUCUACGACCUGUUUGAGACCGUCGGCAAGGUGACCAAGGCCGAGAUUCAGUUCCUGCCCGAUGGAAAGAAGGCAGGUAGCGGAGUUGUUCAGUUUGAGACUCCUGCUAGCGCCGAGAUCUCCAUCGCCAAGUUUUCUGGCUACAACUACGGCCGACGAGAUCUGGAGCUUUCUUACGUUCGACGAACAGAGCCCCAGAUCCCCAACGCCCCUGCCGCUUUCCACGAAUAA